UCGCCUUAUAAUGAUAUUAUAAGGUCGAGAUUUGAGGGAAUAUAAUGUUUUGUAGUCAGUGCGGUUGUUUGUUGUUUUUACAAGCAAAAUUUUGCCACCUCUGUGGUCAUACUACGUCUGGAGACAUAAGUAACUCAGCAGCUUGUCCGAUAAAGAAUAUCAACAAAAAUCAAGGUACAAAUGUUCCGUCUAAUGCUUGUGAUUCGUUUGACUCAAAUCUGACUAUAUCAACGGCGAGCACCACCACAGUUGGCCAAUCUUGUACUCCUGUGUCUUUCAAAGAGUACAGGAAACGAAAGGAGCAAGAAAGAAGCUCAAGAUUUCGUCCCAAAGCUAAAAGAGCAAAACAUAAUGAGACAAAAGAUAGAACACCCAGCGAAGUGAAUAUCAAUGUUGGAUUGAGAAGAUUUCGUGAAGACGAUCUAAAAUUUGUUCGAGGAAGUACGUUACCUUUGAUUGUUGCCCCAACGAUUGGCGCAAAAGAAUUACUCGAGAAAGCCUCUGAGAAAAUUGUGAAAUUUAACAGUGAAGUAUCUGGUGAACCUUUUGGAUUUACUCUUUUAUAUCCAGAUCGUACCAGAGUCAGCAACUUGCCUGGAAGUAGUGAACCGUUUACCUUGGAAAGAUACAAAAAAGAAAUUGGAAAACAGUAUUCCCGCCUUACUUUUCACGUGUGUAGAACUGAUGAAUACUUAAAAUUUUUGUGCAAGCCAUCUUAUUGCAGUGAAGUCAAUAGUGACUCUGAUCUUAAUAUUGUUGAUGAGUGCUUGACAAAAAUUCGUGAUGAUGAUUUGAGCUUGCAGAAUGCCAACAAUUUGGAAACUAUAGUUGAAGUGUCGAGUGCUCAUGGUAUUACUCAAGAGGCAAAUAUCAGCAACUUAAGUGCACAGUCAGGUUUAAGUAGUAUCCCUGAAGAGUCAAACACAAUCAUGUCUUGUGUGGAAUCAAGGGAAUCAGUCUUCAGCAAUAUUGCAGAGGAAGAAGUUAGUUUGGAGUCAAGUAUGUGCACCACUACUCAAAAGAGCAAAAAAAGUGGAGAGUCAAACAUUGGUGAUUUAAUCGAAGAGUCAAACAUGAUCAAUGAAGUUGAAUAUUCAUAUAAUUCAAGUGAAGUCAUUGAAAUGCCUGAAAGUAGUACUUUGUUGGAAGAGAAUGAAAAUGAAAGCUUGACGUUAAUUUCAACAGAAAUGGAAAAUGUUUGUGAUACUCUUUUCCACGGCAGUCUAUUUAUGGUAGAGGAUUGGGCACGCAAUAUAAAAGAGGGCCCUGUUCACCCAGUUGUAUGGAGAAGAUCUCUUCUUAGAGACGAUAUGAUCCUAACAUUUAAAGAAAAAGUGAUCUUGAAUAGUAAUCUCAGCAUUACUCUUAUUGGCUACAAUGGCAGGGAGGAAGAAGGAUAAGGCGAUGGUGUCUUUCGUGAUGCCCUUAGCUCUUUUUGGAAUCAUUUUUUCACCUCAUUGGCUGUUGGAGCUCAGGAAAAGAUCCCGACAAUAAGACACGACUACCAGAAAAGUGAGUGGGAAGCAAUUGCACGUAUUCUGGUUUAUGGUUACGUCAGAGAUGGGUAUUAUCCAUUGUCCUUGUCAGUUGGCUUUAUGUCAUUCUGUAUGUUUGGUGAUGAUGGCAUUUCAAACGAAUUUCUAUUGUCAUCUUUCUGCCAGUGUCUCGCAGAGGACGAAAAAGAGAUUUUUGACCGGUGUUUCAGUGAAGACAACGCUCCAGGUGAAGAAGACGUAUUGGAAUUCUUGAGCAAUUAUAAGUGCUUUCGUAACCCAUCGAAAACAAAUAUAAAGCAAAUUAUGUCGGAAAUUGCGCAUCAGGAGAUUAUCCAAAAACCGCGAUACAUUUUGAAUUGCUGGUCUUCUAUUCUUCAAUGCCUGAAGAUUUUUCCAGAUUUCCAAUCCAUUGACACUUUAAACAAGAUGUAUGAUACUAAAAAACCAACAACGAGAAAAGUGAUAAAAUUGAUUGAAUCCUCACCUGCAACGGACCAAGAAAGACAAUGUAUAGACUAUUUAAAGAAAUACAUCAGGUCCUUGCAAGGAAACAUGUUGUCUCUGUUUUUGCAGUUUGUCACGGGUAGCGACGUUAUAGGUUCUCAAGGAAUACAGGUUUCGUUUACUGUUCUGGACGGCACAGCUCGUAGACCAGUUGUUCACACUUGUGGGCCCCUACUUGAGAUCCCUUCAACAUAUCAAUCAUACAGUGAGCUAUCUGAAGAGUUCAGUGAAUUGCUUUCAAACAAAGAUGCGUGGCAUUUCACCAUUGUAUAAGUUUGAGCAGGCUAGUUGUUGAAUAUUUUUUGUUUCCCUUUGAUUAUUAUCAAAGCAAUCUUACUAAGUUGUUUGUAAAAUAGUUGGGAGUUUUGUUUCAAAAGGACCUUGCUAGUUGUGUGUUAAAACGUUAUUUAUUACGAAAUCAUCAAUACUAUCAUGAUAGUUAUGUUCAAAGUCAAUCUUAAUCGAAAAUGUAGCUUUUAAUACUAAUUUUUAAUGUUUUUCUUGA